AGUCUGUAGCUGUAACUUUAAUCAUUUCAUUUCUGUGCCGAGGCUAGCGACUAAGUCUCGCUAGUUGCCUUUGUAUUUUAUACGUUUACACGUACCUAGUAAAAACAUGCAACGCUGAAAUCGUGACUAGUAGUGAAGGCAGAACUAGCCCACAUUACGUAGUCUUGGUCAGUUUCGUGAAGUUUUUUAAAGGAGAUUAUGUUAUGUUAGCCUAGCGUCAGCUAACAUCUGCGUGUGAGUGUGCGCAGUUAGCUUCUAGCCCAAACUACCUUAACAAGGAUCAUCCCAUUUCCAGCUUACAGCCCGGUUCGGUCCGGUGGGUUAUACAUCUGGGGGGAGUGGACAUCACGUCUACAAAGUCAAAUGUAGAGAGUUGAGUUUAUAAAACGGCACACAAUGGAAUUGGACAACAACUCAGAGGUUGACUCAGUUGGCCCACCAGAAGAUGACACGCAACCAGCAUUUCCUCUUGGACUAUCGGACUCCGAAGCAAUGGAAGUGUUGUGGCAGGUUCGUGCUCAAAGGCGGCAGGCGAAUCCCGAUUUGCCGGAGACUGUCACACGUCUUGUCACACCUGAGGGCAGUAUUGUUUACCUGGUUGGCACCGCUCACUUUAGUGAUAGCAGCAAGAAGGAUGUAGCCACUGCAAUCCAAGCAGUCCAGCCUGAUGUGGUGGUUGUAGAGCUAUGUCAGUACAGAGUGUCCAUGCUAAAGAUGGAUGAGAAAACGCUGCUAAAGGAGGCUAAAGACAUUAACCUGGAGAAGGUCCAGCAGGCCAUUAAACAGAAUGGAGUGAUGUCCGGCCUCAUGCAGAUACUGCUGCUCAAAGUCUCUGCUCACAUUACGGAGCAGCUGGGUAUGGCCCCGGGAGGAGAGUUUCGAGAAGCCUUUAAAGAGGCAGGAAAAGUGCCCUUCUGUAAGUUUCACCUUGGGGAUCGGCCCAUUCCGGUCACAUUUAAACGUGCAAUAGCUGCUCUGAGUCUGUGGCAGAAGGCUCGUCUGGCUUGGGGCCUGUGCUUCCUCUCUGACCCCAUCAGUAAAGAGGAUGUAGAGAAGUGCAAACAGAAGGAUCUCCUCGAGCAGACCAUGUCGGAAAUGAUCGGCGAGUUUCCAGCCCUCCACCGCACUAUCGUAGCUGAACGAGACAUCUACCUCACACACACACUUAGACAGGCUGCUCGUUGCGUGGAGGCGCCCCCUAAUGCUCAGAAAGUGCCUGCUGUAGUGGUCGGAGUGGUUGGGAUGGGUCAUGUUCCAGGCAUUGAAAAAAACUGGGACAAAGAACUCAACAUUCAUGAGAUCAUGAGCGUGGCUCCUCCCUCCCGUUUCGGCUGGGUGUUACGAAAGGUGUUGAAGGGAACCAUGUGGGGCCUUCUGGGUUACGCCUGCUUCCGUGCCAGCAAGGGCAUGGGCAGGGCAUUACUCUCAUUUCCCACAGUUCAGUCAUGGCUUAAAAAUAUACGAGUGCCUGCCGUUUGACCAUUAGUUUAUCGCCAAAGACUUUUCAACAGUGAGAUCAGGAUCUCACACUGAACACCAACAGCCUUAAGUAGAGGAUGUAGAGGGAAAGAUUAUGAGCAAUCAUGGCCUCGAUCCCAUAUGACGCGUACUGAGUUGUAUGGGUGGAAGCCUUUGACCAGACCUCUAUUAAACCUCUGCCCAUCUCCUUUGUGAACCUGUGGAUGCAGAGUUGUACUGCCAAAGAUAUCGGACCGUGCUUUUCUUUCCUCUUUUCCUCAGUUUUAAAGUAAGAUACUCCGUGCCAUUAGUUGAAGCGGCAUUGCCCUCCCCUUCAAAUGAUAUCACCUAACUUGAAUUGAAUGAAGUUUUAUUUUCCUGUCAUUAUGUGGUUUGGUUAACUUGUAGGAUGGAGUUUAGCAGUACAGUAUUACUAUUCACUGUAAGUCCACUUUUAAAUAUGUGAUAUACUCUGGCAACAACCUGUGGUUUAUUAAGGAUAAAUACUGUAGAUAAAGGCACCUCUUAUUCAAGAGGCUAAAGUGAAUGCAGCAGUGUCCCGGAUACAACCAAUUUGUAAAACAUGCACUGUGUUGGAAGUGCCAUAAGAGCGUUUAUAAAGAGUAAUAUGAAUCAGAUAGGGAUCAGGUUAAGAUCUAACUGAUAUGUUGCAUGUGUUCAAUGUGUUUAUCCAAGAAAUGAGAAGGAAAAGGCAUCUUUCUGCAUGAUUUCAUGUGGAGAUUACUCAAAAGGUAUUCAGCACCCUGAUAGAUAAUGUCAAAGUACUGCCAUCUAUGGUGCAGUAAAAUAACAGAUUGUUGCAAACUAAAAGAAAAGUAAUUUAAAAUAAUUGAGUGAAAAUUAUUAAAUUACCCCAUAGUACAGUUCCCCAAAUUUUAAGGUUUGUUACAAAUGCUGCUGUCUUUCAGUAAAUGAAAACACUUAGUAAGGUGUCUUAACUGUGUCUUCCUUUCAACUUUAUGCAGUGCUACUGUUGAACUGAAUUACAUAAGACAUUACUGAUCAUUAUUGAAGUUUUACAAUGUCCUUUGUUUCUAACCUCUCAUUUUUAAACAUUGUGUACUUUUUGGAAAAGAGAAUAAAUGGUCCUACUUUAUAUGUUGUAAUUUUUUGUCUGUCAACAAUCCAAACAAAUUUUUAAAGUCAUCUGAAUAACAUAGAAUUCAUAUCAAAUGUCUAGCAUGUGAUGUCUCCAUUUGUCAUAAAUACAAGGAAAAGUUUUGAAUAUGUAAAUUGCUUAUUCGCCAUGUAUAUUAUAAGGCAGUGGUUUUCCAAAUAUGAUGCCAAGGACCCCCAGAUAUUUACUUUUUGCGAGGGAUCCCUACCUAAAAUAUAUAAAUCUAUGUAUUUUAUGCACAGUGAAUAUAAUUGGCCACACUUGAAGUAAUGCUGGGUGUAUGACCCAGCACUCUUUUUUGGGGGGGUUGCUUUAUGUUAGGUCAAAUAUGGACAAACCCAACUGUUUGGUUGUAAAUAAACAUGUGCAGGGUUGUUUUAACCCAAAUGCUGGGUUGUUUCAACUCACGGCUGUGUAACAUCAAUCCAGCAUAGGUUUAUCUGGAUCGGAUUGACACAACCAUCCCUUACAAACCCCAAUGAAUGAGAUAAAGGGGACUGUAAUAGGAAAAUAACACACUAGAAGGGUACAAAACAAAUAUAAAUGAUUCUGAAAUGUAUGUAGAAAGAAAUAAGUGUCUAAUAAAUAGGUUGAAUAAUAUUUAUAACUUUUUCUGGGGAAUGUAUGUAGCAAGAAAUGAGAGAUGACGCCUAAUAAAAACAUGUUAUAUUA